AACAGAGAGAACUAGCACCUAACUUGAAGUUCAUAACCAGACUUUAGAGAGAGAGAUAAGACGGAACGGCCAGUCCAAAUCAAGAAGUAACGAAAGUCGUUGCGCUGAUUUGAAUUUUAUAGUAGAGGAGAACCCUCAAGAUAAUAUAAAUUCGAGUGAAAUCUUGGGAGUGAAAACUUGCCAGUUUGAGAGAGAGAGAGAGAGAGAGAGAUGAAGAUUGAAAAGCUGAGUUCGAGGCUAGUAACCCCAUCCUAUGAAGCCAAACUGUUUACACCUUCAAUCUCCACUACAAUCCUCCUAAGCCCCUUUGAUCGAGCAGCAGGCAACUUCCACAUCGCCUUAAUCUAUACCUACAAAGCACCAACACCCACGAACUCCUCCAUCGAGCAUGGCCUUCGCCUCGCUCUCGCCGACUACCGCGAGUGGGCCGGCCGACUCACCGACGAUGCAGGAGCCAUUGUCCUCGAUGACAAAGGGGUGCGCUUCGUCGAGGCCAUGGCCUCCUGCACAUUAGAUGAGGCUAGUCCCUUGAAAUUAACCCCCCAACUAUGCGAUCUUCACCCAAGCGUCGAGGGCAUUGAGGAGCUAAUGCAAGUCCAGCUGACUCGCUUCAUGUGUGGCUCCCUCGUUGUUGGCUUCACAUCCAAUCACCUGAUAGCAGAUGGCGAGGCCACCGGCUCGUUCCUUUUGGCCUGGGGGCAAGCCACGCGUGGCCUAACGGAUUAUCCGGUGCCGAUACAUGACCGAGCCGUGGUCAAGCCACGGGAUCCACUCUCCAUCGAGUUCGACCACUUGGGCAAGGAGUACAGGGAGAAGAGUCUUGUAAAAGAGGUUCCAUGGGAGGAAAUGGCGAGCCAAGUUCGAGUAGAAAAGACCCCGUUUUCUCCUGAGUUUUUAGCCAAGCUCAAGGCGCGCGCGUCAGUGCGUUGUCCAAGCGGUCGCGGUUAUAGCACGUUCGAGAGUCUGGUCUCCCACAUUUGGCAAAAGGUGACCCGAGCGCGUGGCGUGGGCGAGGAGGAGACGAGUCAGUUGCGCAUCCCGAUCAACAUGCGCACCCGCGUCGUGCCUCCAAUUGCCCAUGGCUACUUUGGCAACAUGGUUUUGUGGGCCUUCCCUCGAGCCACGGUGCGUGAGCUAUUGAGCCAGCCACUUGACCGCGUGGCAGAGGUGGUGCACGCGGCCAUUGCCCAAGUGAAUGAUAGGUAUGCGAGGUCCUUUGUGGACUUUGAUGCGGGCGUAGAGAGAGAGGGCCGUUGGAGCGAAUUGGUUUCCACAGGGGAUCUGGAGUCGACGGUGUGUUGCCCUAAUUUGGAGGCCAACAGUUGGCUUAGGAUCCCGUUUGAUGAAAUGGAUUUUGGGAGUGGGGCACCUGAUGCGUUUAUGCCCUGUUUCAUUCCUUUGGAGGGGAUAAUGGCCAUUGUCCCAGCGAUGCAUGAGAUGGGGGCAAUGGACGUGUAUCUUUCUCUAUUGGACUCCCAAAGGGCCGUAUUUAAGGAGAUCUGCCACACCAUAGACUAGAUAUAUCACCGGUGUAGGGUGUCUCUCUCUCUCACUCUUAAAAGAGCGCGCUCUCCCUCUCUCUCACUCUUAGAUUGGAGCUUCUCCAUGGUUACACCACAUCUCCCAACCAUUCUGAUUUGCCCCUUGAAAAUUUACUCUGUUCACAGUUACUUGCAAUGAAAUCUGAUAGUUUUGAGUUUGUUGCAAA